GCGCGCCAGACCCGGAAGUGGCUCUCCUGGGCGCCGCCAUAUUGCGCCCGCUCCCUUCCGUACGGACCGGAGGCGGCGGCGGCGGCGGGGCCCGGCCCGGGUGGCUCCAGCCAUGUCCGAGACCUACGAUUUCCUCUUCAAAUUCCUGGUGAUCGGCAGCGCCGGCACCGGCAAAUCCUGCCUGCUGCACCAGUUCAUCGAGAACAAGUUCAAGCCGGAUUCCAACCACACGAUCGGCGUCGAGUUCGGCUCCAAGGUCGUCAACGUGGGCGGCAAGAGCGUGAAGCUGCAGAUCUGGGACACGGCCGGGCAGGAGCGCUUCAGGUCCGUCACCCGGAGCUAUUACCGGGGCGCCGCGGGAGCGCUGCUCGUCUACGACAUCACCAGCCGGGAAACCUACAACGCGCUCACCAAUUGGCUCACGGACGCGCGGACCCUGGCCAGCCCCAACAUCGUCAUCAUCCUCUGCGGGAAUAAGAAGGAUCUGGAUGCGGAGCGGGAAGUGACCUUCCUGGAAGCAUCCCGCUUCGCCCAGGAGAACGAGCUGAUGUUCCUGGAGACGAGCGCGCUGACGGGGGAGAACGUGGAGGAGGCGUUCCUGAAGUGCGCCCGCAGCAUCCUGAGCAAGAUCGAGUCCGGGGAGCUGGACCCGGAGCGGAUGGGGUCUGGGAUCCAGUUCGGGGACGCGGCCCUGAGGCAGCCGCGGGGGGGGGCGGCCCCGGCCCGGCAGAGCUGCGCCUGCUGAGAGCGGUCUUUCCGC